AUGGCAUUUUGAAGAAGGAAGCCAUGAAUAACCCGUAAUCAGUUCACAUCAGACUACACUUGAAUAUGGUGCUGAACAAAAAUUCUGAGUCUACUAUUUUUAAUAUAGUUAUAUUAAUAUAAUUACUUUAUAUUUUUUCAAGCCUAUUUAGUACUCUGCUGGACUGAAGCUUCAAAAAUCUUUAAGCAGAAGCCGGCAUUCACCUGCCUAUAAAAAGACAAGAUCUGUGAAAAGACAAAUUUGCAAAUAUUACUUCUGAGGCAGUGAUGCCCAGAUAAACCUGCAUGACAGAAGGCGUCUCUGACCUUGAGGAAUUGUACAGGCUGCUCCUAAUGUGACAAGCUGCUAUGAUUUCUAGCAAGAAUUUUGUGCUUCUGACUCUAAUCGUUUGUGAUGUUUUACCAGGUUCUUUUCCCUGGGCUAAAGGAGAUGAUCGAUGCCUUCCUGCUUGGACAAAUACUCACAAGGGAAAUUACUUCCAAGAGCCCAAGGAAUUUUUUAUGGAAGAAGAUGACCAGAUGAAUGUUUUCACCGGCGACUUUGUGAUGCUUCACAUUAGUAGAAAUCCAUUUGAAGUCAUAGAUGUUACAUGGAAGAAGGACGGAGCGAUGGUGGCAAAGUUAAAAAAUGAUAUGGUAACUGUGUCAUCCAAAACUAACGCACAAAUGUUAUCAAAUGGAACCUUGAGAUUUGUCAGGAUUUCGAUGAAUGACAGCGGAAAAUACAGCGUGGAAGUAUAUGAUAAGAAUGGGAGAAAUGUGAAGAAAAACUUUAGUUUCUUAGAUGUGUUUGGCAAAACUCAUCAGGCAGCUUUGGGGGCUCCUCUAGCCCUACAUCCAAAAAAUGAGAUGUCAGGAAUGGCAUCUAUAGAGUGGAAGAAAGGAGACAUACUUCUGGGCUGGCAGAAUGUAACGCAUAAUGAGAGAUGUUACAAUAGGAUGGACAUUUUCCAGAACGGCACUCUUUGGUUUGAAAAGACUGAAAAAGCUGAUGAAGGAAUUUACACUGUGAAUGUCUUUGAUGAGAACGGAAGUCCGAUUUACACAGAGCUCAUCAAGGUAAUUGCCAUAGAACUGCCAUCCACGCCAGUGCUAAACUACUCCUGCCACACGACUGGUGAAAUCAUUUUUGAAUGUUCUAUUAAUGAAGACAGCAAAGCCUCAUUUAAGUGGGUUCUGGAUGGAGUGAUGCUAAAUGAAGAGAAAAAUGACACUACAAUAGUGAAUAAUACGAACAAGGGUGUGAUGCAGUGCAGUGUCAGCAAUACAGUUGGCUCCAGUAAAAGUGAAGUCUAUUUUUCUUGUCCAGGAAAACUAUUCUUAACUCUCUGGUACAUCAUCGCCAGCAUCAUAGCGGCUGUUCUACUGAGCAUAAUUUGUCUGAGUGUGAUCUUCUGCAAGACUACUCACAAAAAGAAACAAAAUCUACCAGCACCUUCAAUGGAAUUUUUAGGAAAUUUCCAGGACCUUCAAGAUCACUGUACAGUAGACGAAGAGCCCACUGCCAAUCACUCCGACCAAUACUUUGAAACUAACGAAGUGCAGGAUCUCCCAGACCCACCAGACAAGCUGAUGUUCAGCAGCUCUGAAGAUGUGCAGGAGUUCCCAGAGGAGCUGGAUCUCCCUGAGGCGCCUGAUUUUGAUAACUCUUUUUACAUGGUGGAAGAGCAAGAUUUUCAAGAGCCCGAGGGAGAAUAUCUCCCCGAUUAUAUACCAUCAGACGAGAGUCAACAGGAGGAACAGAAACAGAGUGAAGGCAGUGACAGUUCAGACUUCAUGCACGAACAGUGCAACAUCGUGCGCUACACCACAAUCAAGUUUAAGACGUUUCGUUGUGAUAACGCUGAUGAUUCUGCCCUCCAAGAAAAUGAAUGAACAAGAGUGAAGAGGGCAUGAUAAUUGCAUUCUAAUUGUAUUAUUUUAUUUGUGUUGUAUUUUUGGAUGAUGUAAGCAAGAUAAUGUGCUUUUUUUAAAUAGAUAUAUAGAUAGAUAGAUACUUUAUUAAUCCCAAGGGGAAAUUCACAUUUAAUUUCAAUUUAAUUUGUGCUUAAAGGGCCUGCUUGGUUUUGAAUACAGACAGUUGGAUUUAAAACUGUACCUGCCUGCUUUGUAAAGUGCACUCAGUUCUGCACACGUCACCAUAUGUAUUUUAAACUUUGCCACUUAGUGCAUUUCAUUUAUUACCCCCAAUUAUUCGAUUAAAAAAAAGUUAUUUGAGUUUGUUUAAAUUAUUAAUUAAAUAUGUAUUAUUAUUAAUAACUCAUUUCCUUUUCAUUUAUGGUUCAAUUCAAAGGUCGUCAGCUGGCAGUACUUGAUUGGAGUUUGUGAAAGAACAUGAGGUCCUAGCACUAUGGAAUAGACAUAUGGGAUAAGGUACCAAAUAGCGCAGAAGACAGUAGGACAUUAGGGGCAGUCAAAACUCGACUUCAUGUUAUCUUGGAGAAGUUAAAUGGAUAGGAUUGGUGAGCUUUUAUGGGCCUUUCUAAUAUUCUACUAUCGUCUUGUAAUCACCCCG